AUGAAUGAUGCAUACAGCUGGCUAGACCUUAGCCCUGACGUGGGCGAUGGGCUGACCCAGGAAGAACCUAGCACAAUCUUCGGGACCGGAGAACAGAAGAAGGAUGAUAUCCUCGUUGGGUCCAACACCACGCCUCUGGCCACAUUCGUGGUCCACAGGUCGUUACCUUCCCAAGAGAAUGCCCUAUCACCCUGGCGACGUUUCGCCAAAUGGUGCCGGACCCACAUGUGUCGCUAUCACCAUCCCGAGGAUAUAAAGCCGGGUGUGAUCAAGAUGGAGGUUUCGGAGACCACGAGAGUGGACAUCGUUGAGAUGCCGUUUGGCUGUCGAGGUCAAGGUCGAGGUCGCGGUCGAGCAGGAAGGGCCAUGCACAACAACGCACAUCACCAAGCAGCACAAUACGAUACCUGGCACGGCUAA